CUGCUGACUUGGGAGGGAGGGGCAGAGAUGAUGUGACUCCCUUGUGCAGCGGUAGUUCGCAGACGGUCCCUUAGCAGGUGGGGCUGGCGUUCUGCUGCUGCUGCUGGUGGUGAGAAGGACCGAGAUCUCAGCUACCCUCUUGCAGGAAGUUUGCAUCUGGAAUCUGGGUCUGAUGGGCCGUGUGCAGGGCUCUGAGAGAGGAAUGCAGAAGGCAGCAUGUCCCAAAUCACUGGGGGCUGGUCUCUUUUCAGGACUCAGGCAGUGAUUUUCCCACACAGCUUAAUUCCCCCAGCCCAUUAACAAGCAGCUCAGACGAAUGGUUCAGUGCCCUGCUCCUGCACACUGGCUGUACCGUGAUGGCAGUGACUGGUUCCAGCUGCCAGGACUGAAAGAAGGCAGUGAGCGCCCUUGGUCAGCUCCAUCCUGCCCUGAGGGACUCUACCCAGGUGUUUUGCAGGAUCUGCGUGGAGGCACAGAUGGACAACCUGAACUUGCCCGAGCUCGCCCCUGAGGGUGCCAGCCCCACGUCCCAGGAUGUCCUCAGCUUCCUAGACCCCCUGGCAAACAGCACAGAGGAGCAAUGCUUCAGUGCCCACUCCCACAGCACGGUCCUGCAAGGGCUGCCAUUUGGUGGUGUGCCCACUGUGCUUGUCAUCAACUUCAUCCUCUGGCUGCUCCUCCUCCUGGUCUUCUCCUGCCUUCGGAAAGCAGCUUGGGAUUAUGGACGCCUGGCCCUGCUGAUGGAUAAUGACAGCCGAAUCCCUCCAAGCACAUGGAACUCCUACAACUUGACAUCGCUGUUCUACGGGGAGCAGAGUGAAAAGGAGAAAUCGCCAUCGGAGACCAGCCCGCUGGAUGUCGAUAACAAAGAUGUGGGAUUCUGCUCCUGGCUCAUUUCCAUCUAUCAAAUGAAGGACGAGGAGCUUCAGAGCAAGUGUGGGAUUGAUGCUACCACCUACCUCUCUUUCCAGCGCCACAUCCUGGUGCUGGUCAUGAUCGUCUGUGUGCUCUCUGUGGCCAUCAUCCUGCCUGUCAACUUCUCUGGGGACCUCAUGGGAAACAGUCCAGCUCAUUUUGGCCGGACGACCAUCGCCAACGUCCCAACACAAGACCGUCUCCUGUGGCUGCACAGUAUCUUCGCUCUCAUCUAUUUCAUUAUUACCAUCCUCUGUAUGGCUCAUCACUCUGUUCAACUCGAAUACAAAGAGGAUGAGAAGGUUGCCCGGACACUGCUGGUCACCCGGAUUCCCAAGGAGAUCACAGACUCCUCCCUUGUCAUCAAGCAUUUUCACGAGGCCUAUCCCAGUUGUACUGUCACCAGUGUCCAGUUCUGCUUUGACGUUCGCAAGCUGAUGAAGCUGGAUGCAGAGAGGCGCAAGGCGAUGAAGGGACGACUUUACUUUACCACCAAGGCACAGAAAGAGGGGAAAAUCAUGAUUAAAACUCACCCCUGUGCCCGCCUCUUCUGCUGCCGUGGCUGCGCCUUCGAAGAGGUGGAUGCUGAGCAGUACUACGGGGAGCUGGAGGAGAAACUGACCGAUGAGUUCAAUGCUGAGCGCAACCGCAUCACGCUCAAGCGGCUUGACAUGGCCUUCGUCACUUUCCAGGACGAGAGGAUGACUGCAGUGAUUUUGAAGGAUUACAGCUGCAUGCACUGCCGCAGGCACCCUCAGCAAUCCUCUGUGACCACGGUGGUAAAGUCCCACAGCUGGGGCGUCCGCUAUGCUCCCGCCCCCAGUGACAUCAUCUGGGAGAAUUUAUCUGUCCGUGGCUCAUCAUGGUGGGUGCGAUUUGUCCUGCUCAAUUUCUGCCUCUUCAUCCUCCUCUUCUUCCUCACCACACCUGCCAUCGUCGUCAACACCAUAGACAUGUUCAACGUGACACAGCCGGUGGAGAGCCUCAAGAAUCCUGUCCUCACCCAAUUCUUCCCCACGCUGCUGCUCUGGGCCUUCUCUGUGUUCCUGCCCUUUGUCGUGUACUAUUCCGCCUUCUUCGAGUCACACUGGACCAGGUCGAAUGAAAAUCAGGUCACGAUGCAUAAGUGUUACUUCUUCUUGGUGUUCAUGGUGAUCAUCCUCCCCUCACUGGGGCUGACCAGUUUAGAUCUUUUCUUCCACUGGCUUUUUGACAUUCACUUCCUGGAUGAGGCAAAUAUCAAGUUCCAGUGCGUUUUCCUUCCGGAUAACGGCGCUUUCUUUGUCAACUACGUCAUCACAUCCAGCCUGAUUGGGACGGCCAUGGAGCUGCUGCGCAUCCCCAACCUCAUCGUCUACGCAGCCCGCCUCUUCUUUGCCAAGUCUGAGCCAGAGCGGCUCCACAUCAAGCGGAGCCAAGCCUAUGAGUUCCAGUUCGGGCUGGAGUACGCCUGGACCUGCUGCAUCUUUGCUGUCGUCAUGACUUACAGCAUCACCUGCCCCAUCAUUGUCCCCUUUGGUUUGCUCUACAUGCUGCUGAAGCACAUGGUCGAUCGCUACAACAUUUACUACGUGUACAUCCCCACCAAGUUGAACCAGCGCAUCCAUUCGGCGGCCGUCAGCCAGGUGGUGGUGGCACCCAUCCUCUGCAUGUUUUGGCUGCUCUUCUUCUCUGUCCUGCGCCUAGGUCCCGUCCGCCCCAUCACCCUCUUUACCUUCGUGGUUCUUCUAUCCUGCAUCCUCUUCUCUUUCUUUGGCCUGUGUCUGAAGAAGCUGCAGCCAAGGAAGCCCUCCAGCUACCAGAUGUCUGAGCAGUCAGAAGGGGCCUUCAACGACACAGAAAGAAGCAGCAUCUCCUCAACCCCCAACUCAAAUAUGUUCGUGGCCACAGUGCUGCAAGAGCCAGAGCUGAGCCUCACACCAGCGGCCUCCCCAGCUCACCAGUCCUAUGGCACAAUGGGCAACCGGCUGGAGCCAGUGGAGAACAGCGAGGAGGGCGGUCCACAGAGCUUUGAGACAGAGCUGGAGACUGUGGAGGGUGAAUUCAGAACUGGGCCUGUACUGGAGGAACAGGUCCAUUACCACUGAGCAGCCUCCUGCAGCGGCAACACCAGCUGGACAGAAACACCGGCAUCGAGUAUUGAAAAUGGGUGGGAAACUCCAUCUUAUAGGCCCCAAGCUUCCUGAGCUGCCGUAGCAACCCUGCCACCAGCUCUGAGGCCCUGGUGAGGAUCCAGUGCUGCUACCUGACCGGAUCCAAUACUGCUGAAGAGCAACGGCUUUCCUGGCCUGCAGGAGCCCAAGCCCCAGGGCUGGGGUGGGGUGGCCUCCCACUCAUGCACAAGAACAUUCUGGGGUCUAACGAGCAGCAGUGGAGACAGAACUGAACUGAGAGAGAGACCCCAGGGAGACUCCUGCUUCCAUCCUGUGCUCCAGCUCUGAGCUGCUGGAGCCAACUGCUAGUGCAUCUCAUGCUCAGUAGCCUGCCUGCCAUCUCCUGGCUUUCCCUUCUCCUGGAGUCAGGGUCAGUCACCACAGACCUCAGGCAUCCCUAUUUGCUUUCCCCACCUCUGGUUCAGCAUCCCUUCGGGAAGGCCACUGGGGCUUGGGGGUGCACAGACCCAUUGUGCCAGGACAGAGGUGGCGGUGAACCACUUUUAUCAAGAGAUUUUUGAGAGCGUGGGAGGUGGGCCUGGGGAACGGGAUUGUUCUCCUGCUGCCAAGGGAAAUUGCCCAGGCAGUGCCAAUGAAUGUGUGCAGUGCAGAAGCAAAGGCCUGCACUUCCUUGGUUGCCAUGGGAGCCAACCAGCCUCAUGUGCAGCUGCCAAACCCUAACUUUGUGGUGAGUUCACUCACUACUGCUGCUGCUGCUAUUGCUGCUGCCCCAAGGAGCAAGGCAGGGGAGUUGCCCUUUCAGCUGGGUCACAGUGCAGGGCCUGG